UCACAAACACAAGAGAGAAAUAGAAAUAGAAAGGGAAAGAGAAAGAAAAGAAAAGGAAGAGAAAGAAAGAAAGAAAAGAAAGAAAAGAAAGAAAAGAAAGAAAGAAAGAGAGAUGGGUGUGCAUAUGGGUGGACAUGUAUAUGUUGUGUAUAUACAUGACACUAAAAAUGAUUGAGGAACAUUUUUGAAGUGUGUCUGGAUCAGUUUCCCUUACAUUUAAAAACAAAAGCAAAAGUUGUCUUUCUGUGAAAUCUUAAUCAAGGUCGUCUUUCGGAGGAAAUAUUACCACUUCAAUUUUUCUAUCUCCUUUUCCUUUCCUUUCCUUUUUUUUUUUUUUUUUUUCUUUUCUUUUCUUUUGGAUUUUGAUUUUUGUAGUGUUCUUCAAUUCGCUUUGGAAAAUAUUUAGCCAAACUAAAUAUCCAAAGAUGUCUGCUGCUUCAUCUUCCAUGCCGUUUUUUGGAACCACCACAAGAGAAGAAAACCAAAACCAGAUGUUGCAGCAACCGACUUCCACCCCUGCUUCUUCAAUUGCUCCAACUACAGCACCUCCAAAGAAGAGAAGAAACCAACCAGGAACACCAAAUCCAGAUGCGGAAGUGAUAGCACUAUCUCCCAAGACCCUAAUGGCAACAAACAGGUUCAUAUGCGAGGUAUGCAACAAAGGGUUUCAAAGAGAACAAAACCUACAGCUCCAUAGAAGAGGACACAACCUUCCAUGGAAGCUAAAGCAAAAGACUAACAAAGAACCAAAGAGGAAAGUCUAUCUCUGCCCCGAACCCACAUGCGUUCACCAUGACCCUUCGAGAGCUCUCGGCGAUCUCACUGGAAUCAAAAAGCAUUAUUCGAGAAAACACGGUGAAAAGAAAUGGAAGUGCGAGAAGUGCUCGAAGAGGUAUGCUGUUCAGUCAGAUUGGAAAGCCCAUUCUAAGACUUGCGGUACUAGAGAAUACAGAUGCGACUGUGGAACUCUCUUCUCAAGGCGGGACAGUUUCAUCACCCACAGAGCUUUCUGUGAUGCACUAGCUCAGGAGAGUGCAAGGCACCCAACAAGCUUAAACACUAUAGGUGGUCAUAUCUACGGAAACAACCACAUGAGCUUAGGCUUAUCGCAGAUGGGUUCCCAAAUUCCGUCGCUACAAAAUCAGAACCACCCAUCAAACAACAUGCUUCGUUUGGGAAAUCCUGGAGGACCCAAAUUGGAACACCUAAUCCAGCCUUCAAACCCUCCUUACGGAGCACCGCCGCCGCCUCAACAUCUCAGCUCCUCCGCUUUCUAUCUCCCAGAUGCUGCUAAUCAACCUUUCCAAGAUCAUCAAUCCCACCACCAUGGAAUACCUUUUUCCAACAAGCCCUUACAAGGUCUCAUGCAACUCCCUGAUCUUCAAACAAGCAGUAACAACUCAUCCGGAGGUGCAGGCCCAGCCGCAGCUAAUCUUUUCAACCUUGGAUUCUUCUCCAAUAACAGCAAUGCCACUGGCAGUAUAAGUCCUGAUCAGUUCAACGACGGAACUAACACCGGCCAAGGCGGUACCGGACUUUUCCCUAAUAACAUGGGAGAUCAUAUCGGUUCAGGCAUGUCAUCACUCUUUGGUAAUUCAGUUCAACACGAAAACAUUGCCCCGCAUAUGUCAGCCACCGCAUUGCUUCAGAAAGCUGCUCAAAUGGGGUCGACAACGAGCAACGAAAGCUCGAAUUUGCUGAGAACAUUGCGUGCUUCGUCUUCCAAUCGAGCUGCAGCCGCCGCCGCCGCUGCUAAAUCCGAUAGACAAGUCAUGUCUCCGAACAGCAUUCAGAAUAUUGGUGGUGUGGAGAAUGAGAACCAUUUGCAAGGGUUGAUGAAUUCGCUUGCCAAUGGAACCUCGGCGGCUUCGAUGUUCGGAGGAGGUCAAGGACAGGACAACACCUUUGGUGGCUUCAGUGGCGGUGGUGGUGGUGGUGUGGCUGAGGCAAAAUUGCAUCAGAACUUGGCAGCGAGUUUUGGAGGUUCGGAUAAACUAACGUUGGAUUUUCUCGGGGUUGGUGGCAUAGUAAGAAAUAUGGGUGGUGGGUACUCACAAAGAGAUCUUCAACAUCAACAGCAACAACAUGGAAUGACUAGUAUGACUUCUUUAGACCCACAGUUGAAGUCAACGCAAGGUAGUCAACCUUUUAGAGGCACAGCUCUUCAAUGAAAUAAAUGUUUACAUUAUAUAAGUUUCCAAGAGGGGAAUUGAAAAAAAAAAAAAAAAAAAGAAAGAAGAAAAAAAAAAUAACACAGAAUUCCGUGUUUAGGUGGUGAGUGUUGAAUAUUUAAGGAAGUACGAGAAUUAAGUGAGCUAGCAAGUUUUAAGAUUAACCCCCUACCAUUAAUUACUGUUUCAUUUUCUUAAUUUAAUGUGAACGCGCGCCUUAAGGCUUACAUUUCCAUCCAAUUUUAAAUAUCAGUUAUUAUAUUUCUGUACCA